GCUGCCCCGACGAUAUCCAGGAAAAAACACCCAUCCCCAUCCAAUUUUUGCAUGACAAAGAAAGGAGCUUAUGCAUGUUUUGCAUGACAAAUUGGAUGGGGAUGGGUGUUUUUUCCUGGAUAGACGACGGGCUCCUCCUCCUCCUCCUCGUCAUCCUCUGGCGCAGCAGCAGCUUCAGGCACUUCUCGUGCACCAGGAGGAGGUCUUCAACCUGCAAGUAGAUCGCAACCGCAGCAGAAUCAAAUGCAAGAACUCGCCGUCGUGUCAACAGCAUUUGCUCAAGAUCUUCAGUCGUUAGAGUCACUAUCAUCUGGAUCAUCGUCCUCGUC